AUGUUCCGAGGGCUCUUGAAGGCAGCGUCAUACUGCACUGCAUACGCGCCGUGGCGGAGAGGGAAGAUGGCGGAGAAUAAUGUCGAACCAGAGCACGAAUGGAACGACCGGGCCCUGGAUACGGCCGAGGACACCCUGGUUGCGAUGGAAACCUUACUGGCCACACUGAGAGCCUUUGAAGAUGUCCUCAGGCAACAAGACAUAUCCAUAACAUCAUCCACGGAGUACUGUGACAACUUCUGUCAGGCACUGAUGCACUAUGCUGGGAGCAGGAACUCCAUGGAGCAUGGUCUGCCUUUACUGGAGGUCUACUGUCUGUCCAUUAACUGUUUUGCAGCGGCCCGAUCUCAUCUCACAGCAGAGUCUGACCGAGUGGCUCUUGUUUUGAAAAGACUAGCUUUGAGCUGUUUUGAACUGUUGCUGUCAGUGCCUGAGAAUGAAAUCCCCUAUGAAGCCUGGGUUCAGUUCCACCAAUCUGUUCAGAUUGCCCAUGAUACCUUGUUACAGUACGGCAGCACAGACCUCCAAGCUUUACUGCAGAUCACAGGAGAAGGAGGAGCAUGGAGCAACCCUGUCCUCACCGCCCUUCUCACCGGCCAGCCCACCAACACAGAAGAAGUUGAUGCAUACAUCAGCUUGGAGGGCGAGGGCUUCAUGGAGAUGCGGGUGAAGCAUCUGGAGAAAAUGGGCGAAGUCGCCAAAGCAGUGGUGUUGGCUAAAGCUUGCACUGAAUGCAGCUUCAUUUCCAACCAAGCAACCUUUCGUCAAACUUACGUCUCCCUGCUGUGCCACCUGCUGCCUAAUGAAGAAGCCAUCAUGGAGAUAUCCAGACUCGACUGUAAGGAUGUUCUGGAGAUCACAUGUAAUCUUGAGAAUGAGGGGGAGGAGAACACGGCCUUCAUCUUGUGCACAACUUUCCUGACACAGCAGCUUCAGCAGCAGAGCCUUUACUGCUCGUGGGAGCUGACUCUGUUGUGGAGUAAACUUCAGAGGAGGAUCGACCAAUCGUUGAUGUCUCUUCUGGAACGAUGCCUUCAGCUCGGUGCCAUUGCCAAAACAGUUUCACAUUUGCUUUUCCUGGUCCGAGUCAUUCAGGCAGAGGCAGAGGAAAUUGGGGUACCUGCCUCAGUAGAACUGUGCGUCAAAGCCCUUCAACUUCCAAAACAGGAGGACUCUGAAAACAGGAUCUCCGUCUGUAAGAUGGUAUCCAGCCUUCUUUCGGAUGACCUUGAAGUGUUGCGUGCCUGCCAGCUUACAGAGUUCCUGCUAGGCCCCAGCCAGGAGGCCUUCGGGUGCCUUGAGGAGCUUUAUUUACGCCCAGACCAAAAGUAUGAUGAGGAAAGUGAAAUUAUUCCGAACUCGCUACGCUGUGAGUUGCUGCUAGCACUUAAAGCAUACUGGCCUUUUGACCCCGAAUUCUGGGACUGGAAAACGCUGAAGUAUCAUUGCAUCUCUCUUUUGGGGCUGACGCCAGAGUCUGAAGGGGAGGAGGAGGAGGCGAUUGUGGACAAACCGGAACAAAGUAAACAACAGGAGCUUCAAGGAGUCGUCAUGAAAGUAGAAUCAUGUCAUCAGAAGAUUAAUGGAAGUCUUGAUGGUCAUGAGACACAGGAUAAAAAGCCAUCUUCUGUUUUACCAGAAAGAAAAGUAGAAACAGAGGUAAAGAGUGUCAAGCUCCGCUGUCAGAUCUGUAAGAGGUCAGUCACUGAAACUCAAAUCGUUCACCACUCCAAAAGACACGCUACAGACAGCCAACACCCCUGCCCGGUGUGUUUGGAAGAGUUUAAGAGCAGGAAGGAUCUGGUUCCUCACAUGAAACAGCACGUUCAGAGAGGAGCACCUCCAAAGAAGGAUAUAAAGAAAGAGGAGUUGAAGAGAGAGAUGGAAGAGGAGGAUGAUAUCGAACCAGGGGAGAUCACCAUUGACCCUUCUUUAAUGCUGUAUUACAAAUCCACUCAUGAUCCAGACGUGCUGCACCACAUCGUGGAGCAGGCUAAAACAGUCAAAGAGAAGAAAGUAGACGAUGAUGAGUAUGUUACGUUUGAUUACAUUGAGCAACACUUCAACCUGCAGAACCGGGAUGAGUAUCUGUGUCCAGGAACCGGGUGUACCCGGGUUUUUAAACAUUCAAAGUACUUGUAUGUCCAUUUGAAGUCUGACCACAAAGGCGACGACAAUGUGAAAUACUUCCAUCAGAUGAGAGACAAGAGGGAGAAGUGUGUUUUCUGUAGGCGCCAUUUUGUCUCAGCCUACCAUCACCGCAAACAUCGAAGGGUUCACUUUGGCGAUCAGCCUUACACGUGUGUGGUUAUCGGCUGUGGCGCCAAGUUUAGCACUUCUAAUGAACUGGUCAUGCACAAACACACUCACGGCUUUCUCCUCAGCUACCAGUGUGAGCUCAAAGGCUGCUUCAUCACUUACUCAGACCUGGGGCAGAUCUACCACCAUGAAGCACAGCACUUCAGAGAUGCUGCGUUCACUUGCGUUAGCCCUGAAUGUAAAAAAUACUAUCUGUCCAAAAAGGAGUUCAUUAAGCAUUUAUCCACACACAACAUCACCUUCUCUGAGGAAGACUUCGAGGCUCAGAGGAAGGCCAGGCGAAAACUUCUGAAGCAGAAGAGGGUUAUUGAGGUGACGGCACCUGUUAAUAAGUCAAAUGAGACUGUAGAGGUUGUAAAUGGAGACGUCCCAAACGCAUCAUCUGCAAGUUCUGCCCCCUCGUCACAACCGUCUGAUACCAAGGAGCCCAAGGCAACAAUGACCUUGGUAGCUGUGUGCUUUGAUGGAAGUAAGUUCACAUGUGGGUUUGAGAAGUGUGGUAUGACUUUCUCCAGAGCUAGAGAUGUGCAGAGGCAUCUGAAGUGUGCCCAUCCAGAACACCUCAAACUGGAGAACAAAGAACACAAACAUGACAAAGAGCAGGGCUCAAAGUCCAAAGGGACAAAGACUGAAACUGAACCAGACUGUGGGGAAGGGGACAAAACUGAGAUCUCUGGCCCAUCUAAAAAAGGAGAGGAAGUCAAAGAAAGAAAAGCAUCAAUUCUUCAAAUAAACAAUGCAACCAAGUCUUCAAAUUUGCACAAAAAAGGUGAUGCUCUCAUAGAACUAGUUAUCAGGCUUGGUAAACUUGAUCUGAACGCUUCAUCCUCACACAGUGAAAGUGAUCCCCCUCAGCCCACCCCUGACCCCGAAGCAGCACAAAUCGCUCUUCAUCAGGCGAUCAUGGCUAAGCCUGCUGUGGUAUUUGUUCAGAAGGUAGCAUCAAAUCCUGAGAAGUUUCAAGGCAAAACUGAACAACGAUCUGCUAUGGAAGAAUGCCUUGCUGAGUCAUUGGCCACAGCUAAGCCUUAUCUCUGUCAGGUUAAAAGCUGUGGCUUCAGAACUGCUCAGAGCUACAGCUUACUGCGACACUAUAACACCAGGCAUGGACGCACAGUCAAAGAGGCGAAAAAGUUAACCUCUCUAAAAACAACAUCUUUUAAACCUUACGUUUGCCAUUUUUGCUCCAAGAGUCACAGAGAAAAACAUGUUUUGAAGGCCCACUAUGUCACUGUACAUAACCUGAGUGAGUCCUUCUUGAACAAAAUAAGCUGUGCACCUGUACGUAAUGAAGGAAACAAGAGCCCCACAAAGAAAACUUCUCAGCACUUAACCAACCCUGUUGCAAAAGAGAGAAAGAAAGUGAUCCCAAAGUUGGAACCCAGACAGGAGGCAAAAAACUCAGCCAUAGUGAGUGAAAACGGACAGAAUAUUGACAAUCACUCUCCGUCUGAGGAGGAUGGAGGGGACGAAAUAGAGUGUAGAGGGGAGGGGGAUCAGCAGAAGGGUGAGUCUGAGGAUGGGGGCCAACAACAGGUCAGAAGUACAAGGCGACUGGUAGCCAAAAGUAACCUCUGCUACAUACUGGAUAAAUUCAGUAAACCCUUUCAUUGUGUUGCAAAAAACUGUGACGCUGCAUUUUCCACCCAGGGAGGCCUGGUGCGCCAUCUUCAGUUGGUGCAUCACUACAAUCGUUCUCAGCUUUUGCUGGAGAAAGAUUUCGACUCCCAGCAAUGCCCAGAAGUCAAAAAAGAGCCUGCCAAAAGAAGGGCUCCUCCAAACUUGGAUGCACCUCAACCCCAGUUCAAAUGUCACUUUGCCAAUUGUGCUGCCAUCUACCACCUUAAAAGCAGUCUUGUCCGACACACCAGAGACUGCCACUCACAACCAUCUGAGCUUAUAAGGUGCAAGUUUGAGGGCUGCACGAAAGUGUUCACUCAUGACAACGCACUUAAAAAACACACACUUUAUAGUCACUAUGAGUACUAUGAUUCACUGGUGGUACGUCUACAGAGCACUCACAAAAAGUCAAUCACCGGAUGCCAAAAGAAGCUUAUCGUUGCCCCACAGAGUCCUACAAAAGAUGAGCCUGGGUCAACCACCACAGAGGCAGAGACAUCGAGUCCCAAGCCUAAAGUGCCUGCUCGCCCCAAGGUCCUGACCAAGGAGGAGGCCGAGGCCAGAGAGCUGGCAAAGGAAAAGAAACAGAAAAAUUACGGUUACAACCAUUUCAUCUACAGAUCUCAUGAAGAAGCACUUCAGAUGUGCCAGGACAAAUGUCUGCGUGUGGCCUACCCCUGCAUGGUUCAGGACUGUGACUCUGUGGUCACUUACAUGGGAAGCUUACAUCGUCAUUACCUGAGGGUUCACCGCAUGCGUCAAGGUGAUAUUCUAAAGAACGAGGAUAAGCUUAUCUUUACUGCUGAGCAGCUUGAAGAGCUGAUUCAGAGGAAGUCAGCCAGGCCAACUGUGACAGCAGCAUGUGCUCCUAAUGGGGUUCACAAAAUGGAGUAUCAAGCAGAGCCUGAAGCCCCUGAGGUGCAGCCGACACCCGUGAGCUUACACUCCGUAAAGACAGACCCUCAGGAGGAGAAUAAUGAUCCGCCGGUACCCCCACAGGAAGAGGAGAAGGAGCCACCACCUGUUGAGAGAAAUGGUGUCCUUGUGGGUGCAGAUGAGGUGCUUUACGGUGAACCAAGCACUGACGAGCACGAAACCGAAGACGCAGCUGUAGCAUCACCAAACAGCCAGAAACAGGAGGAGAGACUGAGCCUUGAUCAAAUCAAGCCUCUCCUUCGUCCCUUAACUGUGGACCUCUCUCCACCUUGCUCACUGCGCGUCACUGCUGAGGAGAACUUCCAAGACCCGUCCAGCACCAAGGAUGGUGGUAAAAUGUUGAAUGGGUCCGCUCCAUCACCCACUCCUCCCGUCCGCCAACCACUGAAAAGAAAAAAUGAACUUCCUGAACAGCCUUCAAACUUGAAAGAGCCUCUGCCACGUAGUCCCUCUCCACGCCCUUUUGACAUAACCGCUUAUAAACCCAUGGGGUUCGAGUCCUCUUUCCUGAGGUUCAUACAAGAGACAGCCCCAAAAGAAAACAAGGUGGUAGUGAAAAAACAGGAGACUUGUAAACGCAGUUGUUCUGUGAAGGAGAACAAACAGCUGGGAAUUUCUCAGAACCGCAGCAAACGCACUCAUUCCCCACUGCUGAAGCCCCACACGUUGACUGGAGACUUCACGUCGAUCCAAAACUUGAAGUCCAUCUUGGACAAAGCUCUGGCUGGGUGUGGGGACCUGGCCAUUAAGCAGCUUCAGUACCUCAGACCUGUGGUGGUCCUGGAAAGGCCUGUGUGCACCACCACCUUGCCGGACCUCUUCCCAACAGAGACUAACAACAACAAACUGCUUCUUGGAAGUCAGUUUAUCUGAGCACCUUUUUAACAUAGCUACAGCAAAUUACUUUGUAUUUUCUUAAACUGUGUAUCAGUAUUUUCCUUUUCUUCCAAAAUGAUAGUACUGUUUUUUGCUGUUCGUUUUUUAAGUUGCCAAACUGAAGAAUUAGCAUAAAGACAAAAAUCAAGCUUCGACAGUGCACAUGAAAUUCAGAGUAAUGUUUUUUAGACACUUUUGUGAAAGCAUUCGGAUAACAUCUGUAAUGUUAACUCUUGAUCAUGAGUGUAAAUAAUAUAGGUCUCCCAAGAUAAAUGUACAGAUUUUCAGAUUGUUAGAAAUGGUCAGUAGCGUAUUGCAAGGCCUUUUCAGUUGUGUGAAAAUGUGACUGAAAAUCUAUUCCUUAAUACAGAAUUUUUGAGGAAUACAUUUUGUUAUUUUUCACUUCAGUUUAUAAUCAGUGUUGGGAUGCAGUGGACAGAUGUUGGCAGACAUGUAUGUAACACUUUCUAAUAAAAUAAAUGUGGAAACGAUAUAUA